GCGGCGGCAGCAGCGGGCGGAGGCCGCGGAGCUCCGGCACCCACCCCCCCCGCCCCCCUUCCCUGGCCCUCCGCCCUCACAAGGCCUUUCCUCCCUUCCCUCACCCUCCUCUCCUCCGCCCCGCCCGGCCUCGCCAUGCGGAGGGAGAUGAACGGGGUCACUAAGAGCCGCUUUGAGAUGUUCUCAAACAAUGACGAAGCUGUGAUCAACAAAAAACUUCCAAAAGAGCUGCUGCUUCGAAUUUUCUCUUUCCUGGAUGUGGUCACUCUGUGUCGUUGCGCUCAAGUUUCCAGGGCGUGGAAUGUUCUGGCCCUGGAUGGCAGUAACUGGCAGCGGAUUGACCUGUUUGAUUUCCAGAGGGAUAUUGAGGGCCGAGUAGUUGAGAACAUUUCUAAAAGAUGUGGGGGUUUCUUGCGGAAGCUGAGCCUGCGUGGCUGCCAGGGAGUGGGAGACAAUGCGUUAAGGACAUUUGCACAGAACUGCAGAAAUAUUGAAGUCUUGAACCUGAAUGGCUGUACCAAGAUCACAGAUGCUACGUGUACCAGCCUCAGCAAGUUCUGCUCUAAACUCAGGCACCUCGAUUUGGCUUCUUGCACCUCCAUAACCAACCUGUCUCUGAAAGCACUGAGCGAGGGAUGUCCACAGCUGGAACAGCUGAAUAUCUCCUGGUGCGACCAAGUGACUAAGGAUGGCAUCCAGGCCCUGGUGAGAGGCUGUGGUGGGCUCAAAGCCCUGUUUCUGAAAGGCUGCACGCAGCUUGAGGAUGAAGCUCUGAAAUACAUCGGCGCCCAUUGUCCCGAUCUGGUGACUUUAAACCUUCAAACGUGCUUACAAAUAACAGAUGAUGGUCUCAUUACAAUAUGCAGAGGAUGCCACAAGUUACAAUCCUUGUGUGCUUCAGGCUGCUCUAACAUUACAGAUGCCAUCCUGAACGCCCUGGGACAGAACUGCCCGAGGCUUCGAAUAUUAGAAGUUGCAAGGUGUUCUCAACUAACAGAUGUGGGCUUUACCACUCUAGCUAGGAACUGCCACGAGCUUGAAAAAAUGGACCUGGAAGAGUGCGUGCAGAUAACAGACAGUACACUAAUCCAGCUUUCCAUACACUGUCCAAGGCUUCAGGUUCUGAGUUUGUCCCACUGUGAGCUGAUCACGGACGACGGGAUUCGCCACCUGGGAAACGGCGCCUGCGCCCACGACCGUUUGGAAGUGAUCGAGCUGGACAAUUGCCCCUUGAUCACUGAUGCCUCCCUGGAGCACCUGAAGAGCUGCCACAGCCUGGAGAGGAUAGAACUGUACGACUGUCAGCAAAUCACACGGGCAGGGAUCAAGAGACUCAGGACCCACUUACCCAAUAUCAAAGUCCACGCCUACUUCGCGCCCGUGACUCCCCCUCCGUCGGUCGGAGGCAGCAGGCAGCGCUUCUGCAGAUGUUGCAUCAUCCUAUGACACUGGCAGCAGUCGCCCCAGAUGCAAACUGAGUAUUUCCUGACACUUGUAGAACCACGAGGGACACCAGUAUCUUCGAGGGAAGCGAUACCAGUGUCGUUGGCGAGGGCCAGUGAGCAGGGCUGGGGGUGCCAGGCCCCCGGACCUCCCCCCACCCCAGACGCCUGCAUCUCCCUCCUCCGCCUGCCCCAGCAGACUGAUGGACUGGGCAGUGUGGGAGCUGGAGCUGAGAUGGCUCUUUCUGUAGGUGGAUCGGUGUCCCUCUGAACCAUUCCUACUGGGCGUGCUCAGACAAAACCAUCCCGGUAAGGAGGGGAGGGGAUUGCAAACCCGGAACAACUGUUGCUGCUGCUGAGCUUGGAAUAGCAACUGAAGCCCUUUGGAGAGGGGGGAGAGAAGGGGGAGAGGAAAGGAACAUGCUUUAAGCCUGCAUCCCAGAGAGAGAAAAACAACCCCAACCACCCCAAACCUGAAACUCCCGCCAAGCUCUGUGUCCGUUUUCCAGGGAGGGAACGAACCAGCAGCUGUUGUGAGACGUGAUUUCCUUGUGCUUCUCCGCUCCCCGUGCUCCCCCCGUGCAUGCCCACCUCCGAGCUUCAUCUCUCUCCCCUGUCCUGUGGCAUCCAGCUCAGAGCCUUCCUAAAUUGUCGUGAUAGAGCUCGAAAUCCGUCAUGCCGGGCUGGUUCGGUUUGUUUCUUACCCUCCCUCCACCUUGCUUUUUGGGGAUGUUUUUUACAGGUUUCUAACUCGGUCACUUUUCUCUUAUUUUUUUUUGUUGCCAUUUGAGUUACAAAUUAAUCGUUUUAAGUUAGAGAAAAGUACUUGUUUUACCCUGAGAAGCCUGAGCCUGUCACGGCCUGUUUCGAAGUGGAAGUGAGCUGUGCUGCAGGCUGGGCUUCUUGCAAGCUUCCUGGCUGGUUUUCAUCAGCAGUUUGGGUCUCCAGAUUCGUUUUGCAUUUCGGGUUUUACCCCAGUGACAAGAACAAGAACUCUUGAGACAGAGGAGGGGAAAAAAAAAGGGUUCUAGUCUCUGCUCCAGGGACUGUGAGUUCCCUACUCGUCCUCUCCUGUCCCUCUGACCUUCAUCCUCCCUCCCAAGGAAAAGCAAAAUAGAAUCUUUUUGCUUGUUGCCCUGAUCAAGAGAUCAGGGAGGAGGAGGAGGAGGAGGAGGCACGGGCCUGAAACUGGCCCUAAGCUGCUGGCACAUUUUUCCUCUGGGUGAUUGUGCUGACGUUGGCAUCCUCUGCAGGUAAGUGUCUUUGCCCAGGAGGAAGAACCCUCUGAGUGAAAUGGGGAUUUGCUCUGUGCCAGUCCUGCCUGGUCUGUGUCCUUAGCAACUGGUUUUGGGGCAUUUCAGGCAAGAUGAGGCACUUCUGAGGAGCAGAAGCUCCGGACUCCUCAGUGCUGGCAGUUCCAGAUGCCCAGUACGAACCAAGAGCAGAUGGGCAGAUGCCAAGGGCUUUAGGAGGGCAGAACUUGGCCAAACCCUAAGGGGUUUUGUGAAGGACAUGUGGAUGAUUCUGCUCUCCCUGCCCUCUGCACCCUGGGAUGGAGGGAAGCACCUGUGUGACGGGUGCUUGCUGCUGGCUGAGGCAGUGAGGAGCGAGGCUGUGGCUCCAUCCCAGCUGCCAGCACCCAAGGGAGCAAUGCUUUGUGUGUUGGAGGAGGAGUGGGGCUCAGCUUUAUCCCUGGGGCUUUGCUCCAAGGACAGUGCUUUGCCUUCCCAACGCCUUCUGAGCCCUUCAGGUGGGGCAGAAGGGUCACUUGGCACCAGCGAGCUGCAUCCCCCUUCAACUCCAGUAUCUGUAGAUGCCUCACCAAGCCCUGCAGAUGCCCAGUGUGCUGGGAGGAAGCCCUGUGUGCUGUGUUUAAAAGGAUACUGUCAACUCCUUGCCUCUAGCCCGCUCUGAACCUGGGAUAUUUAUUCAACCCCCUCUCUAGCGCUGCGGAUUCUCUCUCCCCGACGAGCAGGUCCCUCUGCUUCACCUGCAGAACCCCCUUCUCCCCCUUUUCAGGGUGGCAGAAGAUUAUGGUCCUUCCCAGGAUGACAGAAGGCCUGGGGGGGUGGGGAGUUCCCCCCUCCCUUUUUGUGUGACCUGCUCUAGGCGGUCGUGCUCUGGCAGCGGGGUUGGACUGGGUGAUCUCUCAAGGUCCCUUCCGACCCUUAACAGCAUCUGUGAUACUGUGACCCCUCUGUUCAGCUUCUGCUGGGGCUGGGGAUAGCUGACAUGGAUUUGCAGGAAGCCAAGGUGUAGUUGGCUGACUGAUUCCUUUGUACCAGAGCAGAGUUUUGCAAGGAAAACUCACGAAUGCAGAACCCAAAGCAUUUUAAGGGGGAUUUUUUUGUGUCCAGACAGGGUGACAGCAUUAAGGUAGCUCAAACUACUUGACAGUGUCCUUUUAAGUCAAUUAUCCGUCUUCAAAUGGACUCUUCCUUCUGUUUGUAUUUAUGAAUACCAAUAAACACCAUUUUCCAA